UGGAACACUCUGAUUUCUAUUGGUCCAACAAUAAUCAUGAUAACGCCCUUCUUUGACGGAAAUUCAUCCAAGGGAUCGAAACAAAUAUGUAUAAUCAAGUUCAGUAAAUGACAAACUGUGUUGUCUUGUAGUGGCAAAUUCGGGAAAACCAUCAUUAUCCUCAUAAACCAAGCUAAUUUAUUAUGCUAAUACCGGGAUCUUAUAACUACCUGACUGGUGAUUAUUUUAUCUCAACCCUUAAAUGAUUCAGUUGAAAGUUGCAGUUUUGUGGGUGUAGUGUUUCAUUUCGGAAAGUAGCAAGUCCAAUUGGUUUUUCUCUUGUUUCCGACGGAUAUUAUGAAAACACUGUUCCAGAAGGCAAAAGAAAUCCUCUACCAAACAGUCUAAAAUGAAGCGUUCGACGAAGACAAUAUCAAUGGGUACUUCAAGCCUAAAAUUCUCAACCGAUCCCAAAAGUGACCCUGCAACUCCUGAGGUAACCGUGCCAAAAACAACAGUAUGUAAUAUAGUAAACGACCUCAAAUCCAACUAUAACGUAUGUACAGAACAGUCACAAAAACUGAAUAACAAUACCAAAGAAUUACAAAACGAUCAUGAAAGUAAAGAACGUGACGAAAACGAAAACCGACUCCCCAAACUCAAGAUAAAUCUCACAAAUAUCGACCAAAACCAAUUAGUAAAUGAUCUAGCUAAAUUAAAAUCGCCAAUAGAUGAUAAGAAUUCAUCAAAACUCGUAUUUACCCACCAGAAAGAGGGUGGAGUGAGAUUUCCAGAUUCAAACAAACAAAAACAACCCAUUAUGGGAAGAAAGGCCCUGCUCAAGAAGGCAAAUAUUGACCCUGACUCACUCAUCAUACAAAGCAUGAUUCUGAACAAAUACGAGAAUGUUAUCAACCACUACGUCAGUCGAAUGUACAAGAGGAGAUCGUCGAAGCAGAGCACGUCUGAAGAUGACUGCGAGAGCUCCUCUUCGCCUUAUUCAGUAUUCACACCUUCUAGCCUCAGUCCAGCUGACACUCCUGCAAGUCUAAGUGGUGAGACAAGGAAUAGAUUCGAAUUUCCAACUGUUGGAGAGUACAGGUAUCCAUUUUUUGCCGCAAACUAUUACGUCCCGAAAAGGAAUUUGGACUUUUUGAAGUCAACAGAUGAUUUCAACGUUGAAACUACAACGGAACCGAAUGAUUCGUUGACUUCCUCUGAUAUCGGCCAAGAGGGUUCAACGACGAGUGCAUCAGAAUAUGAUCCAAAAACUUUUUUGGAAAACGCCCUGGGUGAUCUAUCAAGUUUUACUCCAUCAGAAUUAGGUGAUAAAGCUGAUUGUGCCAGUAUGAACAGUCUCUCCUGCAGUGAAAUAGUAGGACCCUCAAAUGUUUCGACCCUUCUUUCCAGCGCUGGCUCUUUAUAUUCUUCUUUAAGGAAAAGUAUAAAAAGAAGGCGGCAUAGUUUCAAAACAGUUUCUUUCGAAGACCACCAAAUCAGCCUACCAAACCGCCUUCUCGAGAGUUUGGAAAAGGAAUUGUCUAUACAAAAUUCCAUAAUAUUCCAAAUAUCCAAAGCACUGAAUUAUUGCAGGUCAUCCAAGGAUUUUUUUUCAGGAAAAGAACAUAUAGAAGCUGAGAAAAUUCUUUUGCUUGCAACUAUCACCAAAGCCGCACUCACCAGUGAAAUCAACACAAUAGAGUUCAACACUUAUGAGACCAGCUCCGAUCCUAGAUGUUAUGGAGAUAUAAAAAUCACUGAUGUAGCCUUCCAUUUGAAGGAAAAAGUGACCGUUCUACCUCAUCACGCAGACUCUAAGGAAUAUUUUGUAGCGGUGGCAGCUUCUGGGAAGAAAAUUAUUUGUAGUGAAAUAUCAGAAGCGAAAGACCAUGUCAUUCCUAUUAGAAAAUGUUUCGAAUUUGAUAAUCUUCUUGCCGAUUUUGAAAUAUCUAUCAGCGUCUAUUCAAUGACCAUUAGGAAUAAGGUACAUAUAAUACAGGAAAACAUGAAAUGUCCUUCUCCGAAAAGCAUUUUGAGAUGUACCAAAGAACCUAGAAGGCACAAAAGUAUCAAUAAAACCUUAUACAUAGAACCUUUGGCAUUCACACUCGUGGGAAAAUGUUUUAUAAGGAAUAAGGAGCUAUCAAAGCCAUCAAGCACUAUUGAUUCAAGUCUCAAACUGCAUACUGUACCUCCUCAUUCAUCAAUUGCUGAAAAGAUUGAUUUCAAAAUAGACCACGCGUACCACCUAACUAACAAAACUUCAGGAUUCUUAACUAUAGGAAUUGAAAAUGAACAAUUGUUCACAACGUGGAAUCGACGUUGGUGUCUACUAGAAGGGUCAGAUUUCAAAUACUGGAACUAUCCUUCCGAAGAAAUAGCAGCCCCUCUCGGAAAUAUAAAUCUCUGUUUCAGCAAAGCUCAAAAGGUUAUACCAGCUGACAGGACAAUUUGUGCUAGACCAAGAACUCUCAUGAUUCCAAUUCAGAACGACACAAGUGAAAAAAGGUAUUUGCUGUCUGCUGAUACUAUAGAAGGCCUGAAAAUGUGGGAAAAUGAGCUCAACUUCGUUAUAAAGUCCCUAAUGAUUUGGAACGGGAUGGAAUGUCUUCCAGUUGAAUGAGACUGGGAUGGAAUGAAAAUUGUUAAUUCGAUAUGUGCAUGAGUGUAAUAUGUGUGCGUCCGUUUAUUUUCUAAGUUCAAAAAGCGUUUCAAAAACGCAGCUUUUCAUUUUAUUUAUUUUUAAUAUGCCAAAAUAACUAGGUAUACAUUGUUUCAUGUUACAUUUGGCAUAUCAAACUUAUUUAUAAUCAAAAUACGACGAUCCUUAUGUAUUAAAAUUGCUAAAAAGAGAGAUUACGAUUUUGUAAACGAUAAGAUGAUAUGAUUUUCAGUGACUGAUUUCAAAUGAUCUAUAUUGUAAUAUAUUUGAUAAAUAAAUGAUUCCUAUCUGAA